UAUUGGCAAAAUCCGGGGUUCGUGAUGCAGUCAUGGUGUUGAGGUUUGGCCCACAAUGCACGUGGCGCUAGCGUGCUGCAGCUGCAUCCAACGACGUCAACGCAGUUUCGCAUCCCGGGAUCUUGCGCCCGAAUCUCCUUGCCUUUUAUUUAUUCCGUCCCACCGCCUUCCCAGUGCCACAGUUUCAGGCUACAAUCUAUGAAGCCGUGCCUCUGAACACACACAUCUAGUUCCCGGCCCCCACAGAUAACGACUAUCGGCGCACGCGACCACAUACAGCACUAGCGGCGUGAUCGGCUUGCGCGUGCCUAACUCAAGACCGCUUGUCGUCAGCGUUGCCCAUUUGUUCCCUCUGUUCCUCUCUCCCGCCUCGCCCACACCUUGCCAGCAAUGCCGUCGCUCAAAAUCUCCAUUCUGGAGACGCACGAAGAGACUCCUGACCAUGGCAAAGCGUAUACCGCCUACACUAUCAAGAUUGAGCAUCCCUUUCCACGUGCGGCAACCACCACAUCCAAACGCUACUCUGACUUUUGCGCUCUGGACAGCGCACUCCGCUCAGAAGUCGGCGCUGCACCACCCACUGCGCUGCCCCCUAAAUCAUGGCUCGGCGGUUUCCUUGGCCUAGGCAACACCAGCAGCUCGCCCGAGAACAUUGAAAAGCGACGUGCAGGCCUCGAAGCCUAUCUACGCGCCAUUGAGACGGCAGAAGAUGGGCGGUGGCGCGUGUCCAAAGCGUAUAAGACAUUUUUGGGGUUGGGCGACAAAGAUAUAAGCAAUGGGAAAAGGGCUAGCAACCUGCCUGGAUCGCAGUUUGGCAAGGAUAGAGUGAGAGAUAGUUCGGACUGGCUAGACAAGCACGCAGAGCUCAAGAGCAACCUGCAAGACGCACGGCGCUGGCUGACGAAGCGCGAACAAGCCACAGCCGCCACCGCACAGCACGAAGCCGCAGCAAACGCAAAGAAGAGUCUCGUCCGAGCCAGCACGCUCAUCUCCGCCCUCGACGAAGGCCUCGCCCGCCUAAGCGGAACCAGCACCGACGAAUGGAGCGGCGAGAAACUCGGCCAAGGCGAGCUCCGCAGACGAAGAGACGUGGUCAGCGGUCUCCGCAAAGAACGCGACGGCCUCGAAUCCGUCCUCAACAGCAUGGCCGUCAAGGCCGCAAUGUCCGGCUCCGGCUCCUCUUCCACCCCCUCGACCUCCUCCGCCGCCGUCACCGAGUCCCAAAAAGCAGGACUCUUCAAAGGCGCUGCAUCCGCCAAACCCUCUGGUCGCCGCGUUCUAGGCGCUCCUGCCCAGGAAACAGAUCGAACCCGUGAGUUGGAUAACGAGGGCGUACUGCAGCUCCAACAGCAGAUUAUCAAUGAGCAAGAUGAGGAUCUCGUUGAUUUAACGACGAUUGUGCGCCGUAUGAAGGAAAUGGGUGUACAGAUUAAUGCCGAACUUGUCGAGCAAAAUGCUAUGCUGGGUUUGUUUGAGGAGGACGUUCAGCGUGUGGAUGGUAAGAUUAAGAUUGCGAAGAAGAGGAUUGACAAGAUUAGGUAGGAAGGACAUUUACCGCACGCAUUGCAUGUAUGCA